AUGUCCGAAGAGAUCAGCCCCGUUGCGGAGCUGCUUGGACUCGCAAUCUACCAUUUCGAACGCCUCAAACCUCUUCUACCGACCUACGGACACUUGCUCGUUGCAUCCCUGUUCCCUAUCUGGAUUGGCGCACACGCCUCCCUUUCUCGACCAUCCUCCGCCGCCAAACCUCCCAAGAAAACCGACGAGAAGGAUGGAAAUGAUACCGACAAUGACGAGUCAGACGAUGAGGCGGGUCCAGUCCAGAAGAUGGAGGGACUUGAGCCAUCCGAUGCUCUCAUGUUCCCAUUAACUGCUGGUCUUACCCUAGGAGGUCUCUACCUGGUCAUCAAAUGGCUGGAAGAUCCCGCGGUUCUCAACAAGAUUCUCAGCUUCUACUUCUCUUGGAUGGGUGUGUUCUUCGCCAUCGCGUUUCUCAAGGACUUCUUGUUGAUUGUGCGGUCGUUCGUUUUCCCGAGACGCUAUCUCUCUGGUGGGAAGAUAUGGCAUGCGAAACAGUCAGAGCGUGUCUUUGUCGCUCAAUCGGUGAACAAAUCAGAAGUCACAACACAUACCCGACACUCACCUCUUCCCGGAAUAUUCGGCGCAAUCCCGCUCCCAAAAGCGGUGCUUGCAUUGCUGUGGGCUUCUCGCACCGUUUUAUAUCAACGUUUACGGCUACGGGCCCAUAUUCGCGGUCUUUUUGACGUCAAGCCCCUCGUUGGCCUUCUCGAUCUCCUCAGUGGGCUCUUCGCUCUUGCUGCCGUCGGGUACUUUGCCUUUGUGACAAAGCCUUGGUGGCUGACCAACUUUUUGGGAUUCAGCUUCAGCUAUGGAGCGCUGCAGUUCAUGUCACCCUCCACCUUCUGGACGGGUUCAUUGAUUUUAGGGUCGUUGUUCUUUUAUGACAUUUACUUUGUCUUCUUCACCCCGUUGAUGGUCACCGUUGCCACCAAGCUGGAUGUUCCGAUCAAACUUCUUUUCCCUCGACCACCAAGUCCUGGCGAAGAACCAGACGUUCAGUCACUGGCCAUGCUAGGCCUGGGAGAUAUUGUUAUUCCCGGCAUGAUGAUCGGACUAGCACUACGGUUUGACCUAUUCCUUUACUAUCGCCGGAAGGGAAUUCAACAAGCACAGCUGCAAGGCUUGAGCGAGCAAAAUGUCAAGCCUCAGUAUCAACGGGCGACUGGAGCAUGGGGAGAGCGGUUCUGGGCUCCGGCGGUGAAACCACAAGUGCCAGAGUUCAAACCACCAUACUCGGACGCGCGGUCUUUCCCCAAGGUGUACUUCAAAGCAAGCAUUGUUGGAUACGUCGUUGGAAUGAUCACUACCCUGCUCGCCAUGCAAUACUCCAACCAUGCUCAGCCCGCACUCCUCUAUUUGGUCCCUGGUGUCCUGAUAUCGUUGUGGGGUACAGCAUUCUUCCGUGGCGAGACUAGCAUCAUGUGGGAUUUCUCUGAUGCCGAGGAAGAGGAUGAAGAGGGUGACGGCGAAAGCGAGGGGAAACGCCCCGAGAAUGAGAAGGGCGACGAUGCAGCCCCUAAGGAGCAGAAGACCUUCUUCGCUCGUCUCUUCUCCGGCGAUCUCAAGGUGUUCACUUCAAGCCCCAAUGAAUCUGCCCCGAAGAAAGCUCAGAGUGAGGAUGACAAGGAGGAUAAACGUGAAGGAGCUGCCGAGGGCAAGGAAUCGAGUGAAUCUGAUUCUAAGAAAAAGCCGGGCAAAGACCCCAAGGGCGAAGGGAGCCUGGACUUGAUCUCCUUUUCGAUCUCCUUCCCUGAAAAGACUCGGAACAAAAAUAGCUCCGAUUCUGUAGGGCGCUCUGCUGCGGAAGACUCCAUGGUCUCUAUUCCCGAUGUUGGCGAUUGGAAUGAUGAACCUCCACUGAAGAAGAGACGUGGAACCCCCAGAAAGCCGGGGAUGCAUUGA